CGAGAGAAGCUCGAGCUCGUGCCGCUGCUUCCUGACCCGAGGAGCGCGUGAGGAGAGGAAGUGGUCUCCAGGCGCCCCGACGCACGCGACCGGCUGGUGGGGGGGCUUUCCGCGCACCACAGCACCGAACCUGUGCGGCUGACGCUGCGCCGCGCGCGCGCGCACCGAGCCCGGCUCCGCGCGUCGCCUCCCCGGCGGCAGCAGCAGCGCCGCGCGUCGUGCCGCACGCGGAGAGGAGCGACACGUUUCCGCUCGCUGCGCCGCUUCGAUCCGCAGGAAUGUCGCAGAAGGAGAGACCCACGUUCUACCGGCAGGAGCUCAACAAGACCGUGUGGGAGGUCCCGGAGCGGUACCAGAACCUGUCCCCGGUGGGCUCCGGGGCGUACGGGUCCGUCUGCUCGGUGUACGACGUGAAGUCCGGCCUGAAGAUCGCGGUGAAGAAGUUGUCCCGACCGUUUCAGUCCAUCAUCCACGCCAAGAGGACCUACCGGGAGCUGAGGCUGCUGAAGCACAUGAAGCACGAGAACGUGAUCGGCCUGCUGGACGUGUUCACACCAGCAACCAGCCUGGAGGAGUUCACCGACGUGUACCUGGUGACCCACCUGAUGGGGGCCGACCUCAACAACAUCGUGAAGUGCCAGAAGCUGACGGACGACCACGUCCAGUUCCUGAUCUACCAGAUCCUCCGGGGCCUGAAGUACAUCCACUCUGCAGACAUCAUCCACAGAGACUUGAAGCCCAGUAACCUGGCCGUGAACGAGGACUGUGAGCUCAAGAUUCUGGACUUCGGGUUGGCGCGGCACACCGACGACGAGAUGACCGGCUACGUGGCCACGAGGUGGUACCGCGCGCCGGAGAUCAUGUUGAACUGGAUGCACUACAACAUGACCGUGGACAUCUGGUCCGUGGGCUGCAUCAUGGCCGAGCUCCUGACGGGACAGACUCUGUUCCCGGGCACAGACCAUAUCAACCAGCUGCAGCAGAUAAUGCGUCUGACGGGGACGCCGCCGGCCUCCCUCAUCAGCAGGAUGCCCAGCCAUGAGGCGAGGAACUACAUCAACUCGCUGCCCCACAUGCCCAAGAGGAACUUUGCUGACGUGUUUAUUGGGGCCAAUCCUCUCGCCGUGGACCUGCUGGAGAAGAUGCUGGUUCUGGACACAGACAAGCGGAUCACGGCCUCGGAGGCCCUGGCCCACCCGUACUUCGCCCAGUACCACGACCCGGACGACGAGCCCGAGGCCGAGCCGUACGACCAGAGCUUCGAGAGCCGCGAGCUGGAGAUCGAGGAGUGGAAGCGGUUGACCUAUGAGGAGACGCUCAGCUUUGACCUGCCGGCCUUCGAUGGAGACGAGAUGGAGUCCUGAAGACGAGGCUGCUUCCUCCUCCAGGACUAUCGCACACACACACACGCACACGCACACACACACACACACACAUUCAAGUGCCUGCCGUCAUUCAUCUCGUUUCCGGGGAUAAAACUUGACUUCCUCCUCAUUGCUGUUUGUUCUGCAGACUUUACGUCCUCCUGUUUCAUGUUGUUAGCUCCAACACUUCUUGUUUGUUUGUGUUGCUCUCCGUUUGUUGUUUGUUUGUGUUGCUCUCCGUUUGUUGUUUAUUUGUGUUGCUCUCCUCUUUGAUUCACAAAACUAGAAGUCAGUAUCUUGGAGAAACUCCUGAAUACAUAUUUUAUUACAAAGUACCACUGAGCAGUAAUUAAUACUCAGUUUGAUAGAAGUUCACAAGUUGAACUAAACAUAUUUAUAUAGAAAUGUAAAUACAACAAACAGUGUUUGUACUUCUCACAGCGUGUGAUGUCAUAACUCACGAGGCUCCGCCCAUUUUACCUGUGAUGACUAGUUUAGACCAACUAGAGAUCAACAGUAUGUCACUAAUACAGGUAGGUCUCCAUGGGUUCUGAUCCAUGUCUGCUGAUCCGGAUCCAUGAGUUCUGAUCCAUGUCUAUGUGGUCCUAAACCAUGUGGUUCUGAUCCAUGUCCAUCCAUGUGGUUCUGAUCUAUGUGGUUCUGAUCCAUGUCCAUGCGGUUCUGGUCUAUGUGGUUCUGGUCCAUGCGGUUCUGGUCCAUGUGGUUCUGAUCCAUGUCCAUGCGGUUCUGGUCCAUGUGGUUCUGAUCCAUGUCCAUGUGGUUCUGAUCCAUGUCCAGUCCUCUUCCUCCGCCCGCCUCAUAGCCGACGUACUUUCAUCUUGAUGAUUUAUAGAACUCUCUGCUGUGUAUUGAAUGUCGGAGGCUCCGCCCCCUUUUCCUUACUCCUGUAUUUAUGAUCUUUGUAUUCGGCUGUUUGUAUAUUCGCUGUAAAAGAAUAUUAUUUGUCAGAAUUCAAGGUUCUUUUUAUUAUUUAUGGAAAUCUUAUUGUAUCAGAACCCAGAUGUAUUGUCCAUAACCUCCGCCGGCGGAUCGAUAACCGUAGUUAUUGAUCGGUCCGAUCAGCUGCUGGUUCGUCUUCUCAUCAGCAGUUAAACAUUCAUAUAAGUUAUUAAAGAAUCUUCUUCACUAACCAGGCCGUGCUGACCAAUCAGAGCGCGGCAGACUCUUACUCGCAUGCUUCCUGUGAUUUUGGGCUCAGAGUGCCGUGUGACAUCAUGACGUCAAGCGGCCAAUCAGCAGCCGGUUCUCAUAUAGAGCUGUUUUCUAAUGUAUUAUUUCAUUCUUUGUGUGUUGAAUCAAGUUUUUGAUAUUAUUCUGUGAUUCUUGUAAUGCUAGAACUAUAUUUGCCAUUGAAUGUAUCAGCGGGGCGCGCGUACGUUUACUCACUGGAUGCUGGUGCUCUUUGUACUUUUAAAACAAGGAUAUUUAUCUUUUUACAUAUCCAAAUGCCAGCCGCUAGUUGGUGAUUGGUUUAUUGCUUUCGUUGUGUUCUGAUGUUUUUACAUGUUCACGCCUGUAAAUACACCACGAGAAAAUAAAGGCUCUUAUUUUUCAAACCUGGAA